AGACUAUGUUUUUAGAGUAAGUCUUGAAUUAAGGAGCAAGGAUUUCCGGUAGUCCGAAGAUGGCGGACGGCAAAGGGUUUCGCUGUCCCGCCUGUGCAACACGUUGCACCAAUGUCUAUGAAAGAGCAGUGAUGGCUGUACAAAGAAAGCUUAACAGAACAACGGGUGCAGUAGGGGCUUUCGUUGCCCGUCGACCAGUCUUGGUUGUCGUUCUCAGCAUCCUGGCUACGGCAGCAGCCGGAGCCGGUUGGGCUCGCUUCAGCAUAGAAAGCGCGGCGGACAAGCUAUGGGUGCCGCAAGAUUCGCAAGCCAUGAAGGACGGAGAUUGGAUCUCGGAAAACUAUGUCAGUGGGGGCGGAUAUGCGCAGGUGCUGGGCUCUGUUUUGUCCAACCGCAAGUCGCAGUACGGCAGCAACGCACUGCAGCUAUCGGUGUUUUGGGAGUUGUUCCAGGUGGAUGCUGCCGUACGGGCCAUCACCGUGACAGCCGGUGGUCGUACAUACAAAUGGACAGACAUGUGCGAAACGGACUUCGGCGGCAACUGCAAAUACACAGGGCCCUUAAAUUUGUGGAGCAUGAACUUCACCGAGUACUUAACGCACGUCAACGGCUCGUCAACCGACCCAACUGUCGGUAACCGCAACGCACUCAUCCAGGCGGUCAACCAAGCGAAGUUCCCGGACGAAACGGCGGUGUCCACACUCUCCAUCUUCGGCGGCCUCGUGCUGAGCCCGCUGUCCAGCCCGGCACCGGGCCGACCGCCACUCUACUUGUCAUCUGCGGAGGCUGUAUCCCUGCCUGUUAGCGACGAGAUUGGUCGGUCCGUGACCAACGACUUGUACCUCAUCAUUAUUUCUGUUGCCUUAUUCAUUCUGGUGGCGGUUGUCGGUUUGUCCAGGUGUCACCUCGUGGGCACACGCAGCUCCCUCGCGCUGCUGGGGGUGGUCAGUUCCGUACUUGCCAUGAUUGCCGGGUACGGCUUGUCGCUGCUCUUCGGCUGCCCUUUUAAUACUCUGUCCCAGACCUUGCCAUACGUCCUCCUAGGCCUUUCAGUGGACUGCAUGUUCAUCCUGGUCAAAGCGUACGACGGUGCCGUGGCGGCGGCAGCGGCGGGGGGGCCGUCUGGCGGCGGCGGCGGUUCCCUGGAGUUCCGGUUCCGGAGCCUGCUGUCCUCCGCGGGCAGCAGUGUUAUUGUGACUCUACUCGCCUCCGCCGUGGCCUUCGCCCUGGGUGCCGUCAGCGAGCUGCCCGCCGUGCAGUGGUUCAGUGCGUACGCCGCCCUGGGGGUGGUGUGCAUCCUCAUAGCCACGCUGACCUUCUUCACGGGGGUCUUUGUGCUCACCGAACGCCGCAUCUCCGCCAACCGCCUGGACUGCUGCUGCUGCGUCACCAGCGGGGGCCCCCCCCUGCCCUCCGCGGCUACCGCACUGUACUGCUGGGAAGACUCACGAAACGCGGAGGAUUCCACCACCACCACCACCAACAACAACAACAACAACAACACGUCCGGUGCAAAAACGAGCGCACAGCAGCAUCAACAGGAAGUCGUAAUGGCCGUGGUGGUUUCGGCGCCAACCGCCCAAACAGCGGCAGGGCCAUGGGUGUAUCCCCCGCCGCAGCAGCAGGUUCCACCGGCCCGUGCCGGCGGGGUGGCUGGGGGGCCUCCGCUGGCGGUGGCCGCGGAGGGCGGCGGGGGGCCCGCUGACCCAGCUGGGACUCGACAGACGGACCUUGCCUUACACGCCGCCGCUGCUGGCGCCAGUCCCAGCACCACCACCUCCGACCCCAACCUCUUGAAGCUGCUGUUUGGUCGCUACUACGCGCCUCUGCUGGCCAAGUGGUACGUCAAGGUGCUGGUGCUCGCUGUGUUCAUCGGUUGGGCCGUGCUGUGCGGAGACUACGUGGCCAUCACCAAGGAUACGUUUCAGCAGCAGAUUGGCAACCCCGCCUUCCUGUACUUCCGCGGGGUAGACCCCUCCAGCCCGCAGCAGCAGGCCAACAUGUUGCGGGCGCUGGGCCGCACCCUGGACAACCGCUUCGUCAACUCCACCGUGUCGGCGUUUCAGGGGAAUUGGCUCAUCGACUUCAUUAAAUGGGUCGAGACCACCCAGUCCGACGUGGCGCUGGUGCCGCUGGCGGGCUGUAGCAACCCCUACCUGGGGCGGUUCCUGGGCGCCCGCCGCGGCUACCUGGACGACAUUCUGUGGACUCGUUCCGGAGAAGAGCUGUGGAGCAGCCGCAUGCCCGUCGUACAUGCGGCCGCGGGAGACAACGGGGCGUACGGCAGGGAGCUGAUUACGUCUAUACGGAAGCUGGAGGAGGGCAUCAAUGGCGACAUCUAUGGGGCCGAGAAUGCGCUUGCGCCGGGCAGUGUGUUUUUUAUGUACAACGACAAUUACGUGUACGACAGCGGUGACGCCAUUCUCGGCACAAUGACCAUGGAGUACGUGUUGCUGGCUGUGGCGGGUGUGGGUGUGGUGCUGGCCCUCACCCUCCCCUCCCUCCGCGCGGUGGUGCUCAUGAUGAUCUCCAUGUUCAUACUGGACCUCCGCUUUAACCAGGUCUCCAUCAUCAACAUGAUUAUGGCUACAGGUCUAUCCGUGGAUUACUCGGUGUACUUCGCUCAGCGAUUUGUGCAGGUGGUGGCGGAUGGCACCCUGAACGGCCGCAUGGUGGCGGCGAUGGCGGACACAGGCAGUGCCGUAUUUGCGGGCGGCAUCACGGCGCUCAUUGGCACCAUCCCCCUAGCCUUCUCCACCUCCACCAUCCUGCGGGUUUUCUUCUCCCUCAUCUUUGGCACCAUCUGCUUCGCGCUGCUGGUGGGCCUUAUGCUGAUGCCCGUGGUGUUCAGCCUGUGGGCUCGCAGGGGGCAGACAAGGUUCAAUUAUCUGGAGAGCUUGUUUGUCAUCAGCCAACGCUGGUUUGUAGUCAAGAUCUGCUGCAUUUGGAAACAUCACACCAAUACGUGUGUAACGGCAACCGGAGUGAGAGACGAGGGGCAAUCCCAGGCGUUUCGCUGCCUCUAUCUGCGCAUGGAGGCCGACGAGGAGUGCAGCGAAACUGCUAGAGAUGGGGUAACGCGGCCCAGGAUAUGUGAAAGGACUGACAACAAUCGUCCAGCCAAGGCUGCCGGUGUUCGGCUCAACGACACUUUACAGGGUGCAACGAACAUUGGCGAAAGCGUUUCGGUGCCUUCCACGACACACAUUUCUGCUUCCGCCGGCACAAAAUUUAAGCAGGAACCAUCAUUAUGUUUGUUUCCCAAGUAUGAGUUUGCACCCGUCGGCCUGCCAGGCCUUACCACCGGCCUGAACCGCGACGCGAAAUGCGCAGCAGGCGUGCGCGAGGAACCCGUGCCCAGGCCUCCCGGUCGCGCAGCCGCCCCAUGUAUCCUAAACUGCGAUGAGGAGACCUUCAACAUUCUCGCUGAGCCCGCAGCCCUUCGCCUUCCUAGCCCCCUACACAGCAGCAGAUCACCGCAGAAGCCCUGGUCACAACUCCCUCACCUACCGGCAGGCCCCUCGCCCCGAAAACACGCCGCAUUGGGCUCCGUCCCGGUGGCUAACAAAACUCCAGCCCUGGACUGUGGCGGCGGCGGCGACGGCGGCGGCGGUGCCGCAGGGGCCACCUGUAAAGACGAGCCCAGGGCCUUGCAGGGGCUGCUGUUCGCGGCCGCCGCCGCUGCCGCCGCCGCCGGGAUGCUCCGGGAGUCGUCGUCCUCCUCCUCACCGUCGGGUCGGGUGGCGCUGGCGGCGGCGGACAGCAAGCAGCCCCCGAGGGGCCCCCGAGUGCACGAGGGUGCACCUGCCGACCUGGCGCCGCCGCCGCUGCCACCGCGACCAGCUCCCCCGGCGUUGGCCGCCGCCAGGUCCACAUCCUCCAAGGGAACCCUGGCCGCCGCCGCCGGCUGCGUCAGCUCCCACAGCCAGGCACCGCCAGGCGCCGCUGCCGCUGCUGCUGGCUCUGCUAGCAGCAGCGUCAUGUCCGCAGGGCUGCGACCGCUCCUGGAGCUCGCGGAGAUGGCGGAGGAGGGUCCGGGUCCUCGCUCUGCCCCGGUUGGCGGCGGCGGCGGCGGGACCGCGGUCAUGUUAAGUCCUCGGGGACAACAGAUCCACCACCACCAGCAGCAAUUACAGCAGCAGCAGCAGAUGUUGCUUCAUCAGGCUCGCAGAGGGCACGGUGGCGCUGCCGCAGAGCGCGACCGCCAGGAGGGGGUGUGGCGGCUACUGCAGCCGGCACAGCAGCUACUGCUGCCCUUAUCCCCACAGCUACAGCCGCCACACGUGCCUUCCCCGCACACGGGUCCCAGCAGGCCGCUGAGGGGCGGCGGGGGACCGCUCGCUGACACCUCAGCCGGCAACGGUGCCGCCGCCGCUGCUGCUGCUGCUGCCGCCGCCGCCGCCACGAUGGCGGCGCCGUGUGCUGGGUCGGUUCGCUCCAAGGGUGUUCUGUCCCCCAAGGUGCCCGUCAUCAUGCCACGACAAUUCGCGGAGAGAGUGAUGGACCCAACCACGAUACUCAAGUACGGCAUCACGGUCGUCGUACGGCGUAUUGGACCCCUGCCUGCGGCCCCCGGCGGGACCUCUGACGGCGCUGAGUGGGUGCCUGCGGGCGGCGGCGGUGGUGGCGGCGGUGGCGGUGGCGGCAGUAGCGGGGGCCCCGUGCAUUCCGACUUGGUUCUCAGUGCGCAGGUGGAGCAGUUCUUCCAUGCUCAGGGCUACAGCCAGUACCGGGUGCUGGGACUCAAGGAGAUUUCGUGCGGAUAUCACAACUGGCGUAUCGAGAUGUGGGAGGCGCUCGGAGACAGGACUGUACGACUCACUAUUUGCGCCCCGACACCGGCCGGUAAGGCUGCCGCACCGCUGCCGCACCCGGGGCUCGGUUCGCCUACCGGGCCCAAGGUGUUGGUGGCGGCGGCAGCGGCGGCGCAGUCCCACCGCUUGCCGCAGGGCUUGGCGGCGGCUGUCGUCAACUAUGACGACGGUGGCGGUGGCGCCGGCGGCGGUGAGGUUGGUCGGAGCUGGCAGAGGAUCAGCUUUGCGCCUUCCGAGUGCAAGCGCGGGGAGACGGGGCUGGAGUGCACGGAGGAGGAGACACGGGCCCCCGGUGCGGGCCCCGGGCCGGGGGCAAUGCGGGGGGAAACAGAGGGGGCUUCCGGGGAGAGAGGGAGGGGGAGGCCGCAUCGCAGGACGGCAGUAGCAGCAGCAGGGGGAGGGGGAGGAGGCUGGCGGGACACGGGGGCAGUAGGAGGUGCGCUCGGCGGCUACAGCGGCUUGAGCGCUGAGGACAUGCCGCCCGUGUUGCCGGGGGCACUGGCGUCCACCCCGCAUCCCUGUCGUAAGGGCGGCGCCACGGUAUUGAGUCCGGAGCACUUUAUCCACCUCCCCCGGCUGUUCUUCCAGGACAACUUCGACAUCAGCUCCGUGCUUGCUGGCGGGUUGCGGGUUCAGAACCACACGGGCUACCGCUACUACAGGCUGCUCGGCUUCAAGGACGUACCCCGGUGCGGGGUGGGGCGUUACGCUGGCUGGCGUGUGGUGGCCUGGGACAAGGUGGCGGCUGACAUGGUCCGGCAGCGGCACAAGCGAGGAGAAGCGGCGAGGGGGGAGGGAGAGGCAGAGGCGGAGACGCCGCCACACGUUGUCGGGGCAGCGGCGCCGCCGUCAGGCACUGUCGAGGUGCCACCCGGCGGCGGUGGUGAUGGUGGGCUGCUGCCGUACCAGCCCAUUCGCAGGGCGACUACGGCAGGCCAGGGAGCGCCGCCGGCGCCGUCGUCGUACCGCACUGCCACUUCCACCGCCGCCGCUACCGCCAGCAGCGGCUUCCGCCACGUGGCGCCCAGUACGGCGGAAGUACGGCGCAUCAUGGAGGCCGGCGUGGCCGCUGCGUCUGCUCGUUUGGAGGUCCCCGUUUCCCGGAUCCGCAGCGUCGUGAGUCAGAACCCUAGUGUCGUACGACCCGACAAGGGUCGUGUUUACCUGCAGAAACCCUUCGUGGAAAGCACCUUGGCGGUGGCGGCGCCGCCACUUGCCGUACAGGUGGUGAUCAGCUCUGGCGGCCAUCUAGACCCGUACCCCCACCCCACCAAGGUGACGCUCUCCAGUAACGGAGCCCACAGCAAGUCCGAGUACCUGCUGCGGCUCACCGCCCCCAUGAAGCACAACCGCUCGGGGCACCUCAUUGUGGGAUGGAGUGCGCUGGGGAGGCAGCAGCUGCUCAUGCACCUGGCGCCGCCGCCAGUGCCGCCGCCGCCAGUGCCGCCAGCGCACGGAGGAGGGGGAGGAGGCAGCGAUGCGGCUGAAGAGGCGGCCGACGAUGGCGAUGCCGUACAUGAACAGCCACGCGAGAAUGGGGGCCGGGUGUUGCCGCCGCCGCCGCCGCUGUUGCGGGAGGUGUGGGGGGUCUCCAGGGGGCCCACUGCGGGUCGAGGUGGCGGCGGGGGGGAUGUAGGCGAUGCAGGUCUGUGGGAGGUAGCGGCGGGGCGGCAGGGGAGGGGAGGGGAGGUGGAGGUGGAGGGGCAGGAAGAGGAACAGGAGGAUGGAAGAAGUGAAGGACGCGACCCUGACCGCGACGAAGCGGCGGCUGGUGGCGGCGGUGUUGGCGGCGGUGUUGGCAGUGGUGGCGGCAGCGGCGUCGGCGGCGGCGGCGGUGGGUCCGCAUCUUCCCCCCUGGAGUUUCCGGAGAUGUCGAAGCUGCGGCGUCAGGCGGCGGCGCUGCCUCACGAAACCGACCAACAGCUCGAGGUGCCGCCGUCGCUUCAGUGCUUCCGGGCCGCCGCCGCCGCCGCCCUCUCCGGGUCCCCCAGAUCCUUGUUGGCGGUGUCGGGAUCUCAGACGAAUCAGAGUCUUGAAGACGACGGCGGCCGCCGCUCCUCUGCCGUACAGAACGGGCUAGCGGGUUCAUCAUCCGCGGCGGCGGCGGCAAGUCGCUCGGCCAAUCCUGCCGCCGUCGCCGUCGCCGGGCUCCCGGGCGGUUCAGGUUCUACAGACGCGCCGGCCGAUCACCGCAUAGGCCUGCUGGCGCCGCCCCUGGGCCACCCCCAGCACCCCCAGCACCCCCGCCACCCCCGCCACGCACGAAAGCACUCCCUACCGGAUUCUGUCCUCAACGCCGCCGAACAGCUCCUGCAUCUGUCAGGUCAAGUGGUACGCAGCGGCAGCAACAGCAGCGGCAGCAGCAGCGAGGAAGACGAGGCCGGCGGAGGCGGAGGCGGAGGGGCCGCCGCUGGCGGCGGAGGCGGAGGCGGUUCUAGCGGUGACGACGAAGGAGACGUGUACAUGCAGUACAUGCAGUGCACCAGGCACGGCGGGGAGAAGCUGGAUGUGGUGUACAGCAGUGCUAAAUGUUUGGAAGGCGGUGCGGGGUGCGGCGGCGGCAGGGCUCUACGUGUACGAGGAGAGGGAAGAGAGGGCGGGGGAAGAGGCGGGAAGGAGCCGGCGCGUGGCGGUGUUACUAAGUCCUCUUGCAAGAGAACCGAUGGUGUUGAGCUGGCGGCGGAGGGGGGGCCUAGGGCAGCUGUAGCGGUGCUCGGGGAGGUUAGCACGCAGGAGGACACCGCUGCCGCUACUGCUGUUGGCGGAGGUGGUGGCGGCGGCAGGGCGGCGGAACAAGGUGCUACAGCCGGUGACGGAAGUGAGGACGAAUGGGCCUUUCGGCGGCGGCGGGCGGCCGUACUUUCGGCACGCCGGGCCGCCGUCGGGGGUGCGCCGCUGCCGCUGCCGCUGCCGUCGCCCUCCCACCCGGCCCUAAGCUCCCCAGACCCGCACAAACCGCUCGUGGACCAGCACCAGCUGCAGCGGCAGUUGCAGCACUUGCUCGGCGGCCAGGCAGGCGGACGGUUAUCGUGUCGUGAAGGGCCUGAUGCAGCCGACACGGAGCAUGCGGGUUUGCCAUUGCCACGUGCGGCAGCCCGAGGGGACCACGCCGCCGGGCGCUCGGCCCAUGGCCCGCCGGCAGCGCUGGGAAAGGAGCCCGAGGGGGCGGCGGCGGCGACGGCGGCAGUUACGCCGCGCGACUCGACCUCCGCUGCGCCUCAUAAUGAGGCGGGGCGGGCGCUUGAGCUGCAGCAGCAGUUGCAACAGCUGCAGCUGUUGUUGUUAGCACAUGAAGCUGGCAAGUCGGGAGCUGAGCCGGCAGGUCAGGUCCUCCCACCUGCCGUACCUAAACCCGCCGGCGUCGUGGCCGGUGCCGUGGAGUCUCCGCCAAGCGGGGCCGGCCUACCUGUCACGGAGGCCAAGAGCGCAGCCAGAAGCGGUGGCGGCGGCGGCACGGCUGCUGCUACUGCUGCGGCAGCGGCGGCGGCGGCGCUGCCUGGCGCCCUGAGCUCGUCGGCAUCAUCGAUGGAGGCGGCAUUGCGAGCCGCUUUGCUGGGGCCCUCCCUGGAGACCGAGGCUGCGGCUGUAGCGGCGGCGGCGGCGGCGACAAUGGGCUCCCAGCGGGUGUCGUUCAGCAGAAGUAGCAUCGACUCGAGCGGCGGCGGCGGCGGCGGCGGCAUCCUUUGCCCCCCGGAGCGGCUGCCUUGCGCCGCCGCGUCGCCGCCGCAUCCGCCGUCGUUUUCAGAGCAGCAGCCGCAGCAGCAUCGUGUGGCUUUGCCUCCCUGUGUACCGCCCCUGCCGGGUUGGGCCCGCAUUGGCGGCAACUGCGGUGCGAGGGCUGUAGCUGGUCCCACCACAACAACAAGUGUGCUUGCAGCAAUAGCUGCGGCAGCAGGCAGAGCUACAGCUACUGCUACUGCUGAUAGUGGCAUCACCGCAGCUGCAGCGCCUGGCGCAAUGACUGCUACAGCCCGCAGCUCCCAGGCCCAAGACACAGCAGCGGUUGAGGAUGUGGUGGCCGCUGUGCAGGCGCCGAAAGGCGCCGCAGGCGUUCCACCCCCACCACCGCCGCCGCCGCCGCCGCCGCCACCGCCAGGCAAUUGCAGCGGCAGUAAGCGGGAUGCGGCCACUGCCCUGCAGGGCCCAGCAGACACGAAAACCCCUGACGCCUACGACGACGACGACGGCGACGACGUCAACCGAGGCGGCGCUGGCGCUGGCGCUGUGGAGGGAGGCUGGCUAGGUGCCAGCGGCGACGUCAUUCACCGCCGCUUCCGGUCAUCCGUCUACCCUCCUCCCCCGCCUCCCCCUCCCCCUCCCCCUCCCCCCCUUGAUGGCUCCUCCGCCAGCUCCAUGGCGCCAACAGGUCGUCAGGCGGCGGCCACUGAGCCACCGCGUCAGGAAGCCAACAAAAAUAACAACAAUAACGUCACCACCACCACCACCACCGCCAACAACAGCAACAACAACAAAAGCAGCAGCAGCUGCAGCAAGAAAGCUCCUUCACAGUUGAACUCGAUGGGAGGUCCAGGAGGGGAUGACCUACCGCGAUCUGGAUCUGGAUCUGGAUUUGGAUCUGGCGGAGGGGACGGUGGGGGAGGGGGAGGAGACGCCCCGGGGGGGGACAUCUUCAGCCGCGAGGGCAGGUCUCGGGGCUCGGAGGGAAAGGAGGCGGAAAAGGGGUUGCUGUGCGCGGGGCGGAUGGGGCCGCAGGGCACGGGGCAAGCAGGGCACGGACCUGGGGCGGCAGCGGCAGCGGCAGCGGGGCCCGUGGGGCCGUCGGCCUUCAGAUGGCCUCCGCUCGUACCGCCGCUGCCGCUGCCGCUGUCCAUGCCUACGCCGCCGCCGGGAGGGCGCGCGUCCUCAUUGCUCGCGGGCUCUGCGGGAGUGCAGAUGGCGGCCGCGAUGGGCUUCGGUGCGCAGCCUCCAGGGGCCCUGUACGCACAUCACUUACACCAGCAGCAGCAGCAGCAGCAACAACUUCAACAACAACAGUUUUUGAUGCAAGUGCGGCGCCGCGAGACGUGGGAAAAUGACAAGCAGCCGCAGCAGCCACCAGGGGGGCCCCAGCCGGUAGUGCUGACGCGAUCAUCUCCACAGCACCAGCGCCACCAACAGCAGCACCAGCAGCACCAGCAGUGGGAGCCAACGGCACUACCUCCACCACCACAAAACACCAUCACGGGAAGUGGGGCCCAAGUUCAGGUUCAGCAGCACCAGGAGCACCUGCACCAACAUCAGCACCACCACCAUCAACAGCACCGCCAGCAGCCGCCGCAGGAUCCCAACCCGCGCUGUCCCCGGGUUGCCCCUCCGGCGCCAACGGGGCCCGGUUCAGCCGCCUCCGUAGCUCCGGGCAGCAGCGGCAGCGGCAGCAGCGCUGCACGGGCGCAGCUGGAGUCCCUCUUGGCCUCGGGCGCGGUGGCACUUCCCCUGGCUCUCCUCGCUGCGCAGCAACAUCUGCUACAACAGCAGCAGCAGCAACGGCAGCAGCAGCUGACGCAGGGCUGUCAUGGCAGUGCGGAUAGCGGUGUGUUUGGGUUACCGGCGACUAGGACAGACACCUGCAGCUAUGGGGGGCCCGCCAAGCGGUGCAAGCGAGCACGAAGGCAGUCACAGCCGCAAUCGCAGUUGCAGCCGCAGCCAGGCGCGCUGCACGUGCAGACCGCCGCCGCCGCCGCCGCCGCGACCGCGGCGGCCGCCGCCCUCGUAGCCCCGCCUCCCGCCAGGGCAAUGGCCGGAUGCGGUGGCCAGGCCGCGAUGACAGCGGCAGGGGGGGCGGUGGCAAGAGGGGCAGCGGCAGCGGCUCCCGCCGGUGCGGAGGGUUCCCCUGCCGGGGCUGACGGGGCAAAUACUUCUCCACUGCGGGCGCAACAGCAACGGCAACAGCUUCAGAUGCUGCUGCUGCUUUCCCAGCACCAACAACAGCUACAACGGCACGACUUGGGCAUCGGCUUGCAGCAGCACCAGCAGCACCAGCCGCGGGUUGAUGCGGCGGCAAGUGCGGGGACGGGGGCUGGGACCGAGAGCUGA